GGCGAAGAGGAGAAAGCUGAAGAUCGGGCCGAGAAUGUCCCCGUUAGGCUAGGGACGGUCGGAUGCCAUAUCACCUCGUCGAGCAUGACGUUCUGUUCAGAAGGGGACGAUGAUCUCGAAGUCGGUCCAGGUCGAGUAUGUCGGGCAGCGAGGAUCGGGCCAGAGAUGAUGAGGUUGGCCCGGGGCUCUGGGGCUGUUGGAGAGGAAGCGGGAAUGAGGAGGCUCCUUCUCAAACAGAUUAUUGCCGAUGGUUGGCCGGAUGGGGAUGGGAGAGCGUUCGAGCUGGUCGAGACAGUCCGAAGUCUGCUCGACAAAGCGGUGACAAGGAAGGGAGAAGCACAGGUAUUCUUUCUCUUGCGCGGCCAGCUUGGUCGGGGUAUUCGACUGAAAGGACAGAGGCGACCAGUGCGGACAGGUUGAAGGGCUGCUGCACUAUGAUGCGAGCGCCCAAAGCGGGAACAGAGGUCGACCCAAAGAGCGAGGAGAUGAACGGCUGGCACGAGGUGAAGAAUUCGGGUUUGAGGGCGCAAGGAGGUGAGGACGAAGGGGGAGACGAUCAGGACAUGGAGGUGCACGAGGCCGAAGAUGAGGAUGAGGGUGCGGCAGAGGUCGGAGUCAGGGAUAUAGUCGUCUGCGCGGUUGGGGAACGCCGCAAGCUCAAACAAACGAGAUCCGUAGCUGAAAUUCCCUAUCCGUCUUCCACCUCACGUGCCCACGCCGCUCCUGCUCUGCUCCCCCUGCUCUCCUCGCAUGCCCGGCCCUCUCGGGUGCCUUCCGCUCCACCUCUGCUUUCUUGACCCGGUGUGGGCUGUGUGGCAAGCAGCCCUGCCCAUAAGCUCAGAGAUGACGCUGCAGGUUGCUGAUGAUCACGUCGAGGUCAUUCGACGCGCGUUGGACGACGCAGUGUAGGAAUAGUCAUAUGCGAUCUCCGUGAUGUCGGUUAUUAUUGCAAAUCCCCACAGAGGCGGCUGGCAGGCGGCCGCACUGGAAUCUCCUGCCUCAGAGCGGGCUGAUGGGCGAAGCUGCUUGGGACCGGCCUGAUGCACAUCGUGGCUUGCUGCCGUCGCUGCCGCGGCUGGUGCUGAGCGGACAGCAUGCAGCGGCGGGGAGAUCCGAGGUCGAUUACGAGGAGGCGUAGGUCAAAG